AUGGUUCAAGAAAACGAGUCACAGUUGCCGAAUGGGGUGAAGUUCGAAGUGCUUGUCACCGUCUUCAGGCGGUACGGCUUCGACAUCGCUGUGGGUAGCCUCAGGGUAGAAGACAUUUGCCGAGGCGGAGGCGGUUUCAUGAGCGAGACACUCCGAGUGCGGGGACGCACACGAGGCGGCGACGAGGUCAGACUCGUAGUGAAGGCGCCGCUGCGCAAGACUGGGGGCCGAAGGCUCAGCUCCGCCGGACUGUUCCGGCGCGAGCGGGCGCUAUACUCGCGGACGCUGCCUGCUGUGGAGGUGGCGCUCAAGUCGGUCGAGGGAGGGGCGUGGCGGCCGUUGAAGCCCGCUUGCCUGGCCGUCUGCGGGGGCGGCUGUCUGCUGCUGCAGGACUUGACGAUCACGGGCUUCCGCAAGGCCGCCAGUACUGCUUCCGCUCGCGGGCUGGACGUGGCUCACUGUGUGGUCGCGCUGCGCGGGCUGGCGCGCCUCCACGCCGCCUCCACACCGACUGCGCGCCGCGACGCCCAGGUGGAGCUGCUGCUGCGAGAGUCCGUCGCCUUCGGCGCCAGCCGGGCCCCGCUGUUGCAGUCGCAGGCUAAGGCCACGGUCCUCAAGAUGGCCAACGUACUUGGCCGCUACCCCUGGUUUCGGAGGUACCGGGACAAGUUCCUCCAGCUGGCAGACACUUUGCUGCCGCGGGCUGUAGAUGCUGUCUCUACCUGCAACGGAAGGCUGACUGUCAUGCUGCAUGGGGAUUUCCAGAAGAACAACAUGAUGUUCCGGUACUGCAAAUCGAAACUUCAAGUCGUGUUUUAUGACUUCCAGGGAGCCCACAUCGGAUCUCCAGCGGAGGACCUGCAGUACUUUCUGCACACGAGCGCCAGCCUCGAGGUGUUGCAGCAGCACACAGACCUGCUGCUGUCCGAGUAUCACAGCACCCUGCAGCGCACACUGCGCGCCCUGGGGCUGCAGCAACAGGCGGAUGCCUACCCACUGGAGCAGCUGAGGAGAGAGAUGAAGCAGCUGGCACCGGUAGGGGUCUUCUGCACCUACAACCUGCUGCCUGCCAUGCUGAACCUAGAGGCAGUCUACUUGGAGCUUAGUAAUUCCUGCAACAUUGACAGGCUGUUACGCAAGUGUUUUACGAAUCCAGAGUAUCUGGCAUUUGCUGAGUACCUGACGCCUCUAUUUGAGAAGCGGGGACUUCUUUGA